AACCACUACUCAUCAAUAACAGGAUAGGAUAAACCCCACCUCCACAAGAAUUCCUCUCCUUCGCGAGACCCUUAUCGGCCCCGAGAAGCUAGCAUAUGCACCUCGCCAGACACCACGUACGGGCGUCAUCGGGUUCAUAUCGUCAAUUCACCACUUCCAAUGGUCCAUUAUUGAUACCACCGCGAUCCGCCUCGAAUCGACUCCUCCCCCCUCUUCCGUCUUCUCGUCGUCGACCAUUGUCUCCGUCCGGACGAGGACCAACCCCUCCAAUGUUCCAGCGAGCUGCCAACCGAUACCCCGCCGCGCCGGCGGCUCCGCUGCAAUCCACGCUCGGGGCUCGCAACAACAGCAGUGCCGCACCGCUGCACAAACCGGCGGCCCCGGCGUCGUCGUUAGGGGUCAAGCGGAAGAUCGAGAUGACCAGCACGCAAUCGACGCUGGGAUCGCUGCACGACGAGGUGUACUUCGAUGAGAACGACUUUGACGAUGACGAGGACUUGGACUUCGAGGCUCCCGAUCCAUUCACUCGCCCCGCCGCCCCCGCCCCCGCCGCCGCAGUGGCUACUCAGAUCGGCAGACCGCCCAAGAUCACGAAACAACAGAAGCAGGAGGAGGAGGAUGGGAUGGCGGGAUACCCGAAUCUGAGCAGCGCGUUCGCGGACGAUAAGAUCUCGGUCGUCGACCUGACGGAAACACCCACCCGCGAUACGUCGUCGGCGGCCGUGAAGUACCCCGACCUCCCUCCGAUGCCCGCCGAUGACAAUCAGCCCCCCUCGAGCAGCAUACAGUACCCCUGGUCCUCGUCGCCCCCGUCCCACUUCCAGGCGCCUGCCAAGAAACCGCGGAAACUGCCAUGGCUGGACGAGGAAGACGAAGAGGGGGGUAUGGGUCCCCGGAAGCCCGUGACGCCUGCGCGUCCGAAGCAGACGGCGAUCUGGAACAAGUCCGCGAGCGCGAUCAAGGAGGAGCAGCGGGAAUUGCGGCGGCAGAACAAGGAAAUGAAGGCGCUCGUGACGGGCCAGCUGCCACCACCCCGUGCGCAGGUGGCGUCGAUCUUCCUCAGUGACGAGCAACGACACGUUCUGGACGCGGUGGUGCAGCAGGGGAAGAGUAUCUUCUUCACAGGAUCGGCCGGAACAGGAAAGUCGGUGCUGAUGCGGGAGAUCAUCAAGAAGCUGCGGGACAAGUAUAAACGGGAACCGGAUCGGGUCGCGGUAACAGCGUCGACCGGUCUCGCCGCUUGUAACAUCGAGGGCGUGACGCUGCACAGCUUUGCGGGGAUCGGGUUAGGCAAAGAGCCGGUGCCCGAGCUGGUCAAGAAGGUCAGUCAGCAUCCGGCCAACGCGCCGCACAAGAAUGACGGCGUAAUGUGCCAUGGCUAACGGCGUAGCAGAUCAAGAAGAACCAAAAGGCGCGGAACCGCUGGCUGCGCACCCGGGUGCUCAUCGUCGACGAAGUGUCCAUGGUCGACGGGGACCUGUUCGACAAGCUGGAGGAAGUGGCCCGACUGAUCCGCAACAAUGGCCGUCCGUUCGGAGGGAUCCAGCUCGUCGUGACCGGCGACUUCUUCCAGCUGCCCCCGGUGCCCGAGGGCGG